UCCAAUUCUUGGAGUCCAAGCUGUGCGCAGACGUCAAAGGUACAUGCUCAGGUCAAUAUGGCUACAUUAUCGCUGCAGUCUCGAUCCUGGACACCGACAGAGGAAUAGACAUCGGCAGAAGUGAACAGGCUGAGUUUGUCACGCGUUUUCAAGCCGUCCAACGGAGAAGUUGUUGAUGGCGUUGUGAAUAACGCAUGGGCUUCUUCGCUGACGUAGGACCCCUACAAGUUUUCGUAUCACAUCAGCUUCUGUCAUUUGCUUCAGAUGACCAUAUCAUCGAGAAAAAUACGCGCGUGCGAUUGAAGAUCAUCGGUACUCGUGUGGACGCCGCGGAAAUUUUCGCUAUAGGCACGAUUAAGGAAGAUCAUCUGGGCGUGAUUGAUUAGAUCAGAAUAGUAUGCGUGACUACUAACCUGCUAUUGUUGUUACUCUCAGCCCUCGUUUGGUGAUUCACUCGCACUCAG